AUGAGUUCUCCUGUUCCUGAGUUCAACUUUGCUAGACCUAAUCCCAAGAGGCCUUUAAAUUUGGGCAACAGCCCGACUACUGAUUUGAAUGUGUCUUCCAGAUUUGUAGAUGUUAGAGCGACACACUCUCCUCAAGUCAGAAAAGAGUUAGAAAGAUUACAGAUGUACGGAUUAGACAUUUCCAAUGAUGAUGAUGAGGCUUUGAAAGCUCUAAGUGAUCCUAAUUCGCCGUUUUUUGGUACAAACAAAGUUAGAAAGCUGAAAAAUAAAGCUUUAUUGCCAUAUAAAACAGAAACUAUCAGAGAUCAAUACAAAUAUCUUAGUUUCAUUAUAGCCCAUAUUUAUAUUGCUGUCAAAAGUUUGGAUCUAAAAGGUAAUUUAACCAUUAGCGUGGAGGAUUUUGAAGCUGCGAAAAGUGCUGUACUCAAUAACGAAGGUUGGGACGAUUUUAUAAAUUCCACCUUUACUUUUGAUGGUCAGAAGUAUGAAACAUUGCAUACCAAUGAAAGUGAAACGAUAGAGGAUGAUGAAAAUGAAGAAGAUAGUGACUAUUAUGAUUCUUCCGAAGAUGAGGAUGAAGAUGCGGCAAAUUCGACUCCCAUUCUCAAAGUUGAGCCCGAAUCAGCUUCAAUUAUUUCACUAAAAUAUUGGACCAAAGAGUUGAAGAAUCUGCUCAAAAUGGGAUUGAUUUUGCCUUUGGAUAUCACUAAGAAGCUAGUCAAGCUUUUUUAUGCAGUCACUUUAUCCAGAGGUCAGUCCAUUGAUCUUUCUUUUUAUAUUGAAACCAUCACCCUCCUCACCAGAGAGAAAAAACUGCUAAAAUCAAAUGGUCUUAUUUUAGAUUGGAGACUUGUAUACGAAGAAUUUGCUACUACUUUAGGUAAUCCAACCACAUUUGGACCAAGUAUGAAAGAUACUCGGUUCAAAAAGCUAGUUUCCCUUGCUUUAUCAGUGAAGUACUAUUUUGAUGACGAUUGUGUACCGCUGAUUAUGGAAAAUAUAAUGGAAAGAUUGUCCAAUCAAACCGUGUCUUCCUCGUUGAUUCACCUUUUGAUCAUGCUUCCAAUGAACUUUAAAAUUCCUUCAACCAAUAUAGAUGGUUCUGUCUAUUAUGAUAAGAGGGAUAUCCGUUAUUAUCUUCCCAUUUUCUUUGACCUAUGGGUUAAUCAUAAGUCUGAUAAAGAGAUCAACUGUCUAGUUUCAUUGGUUAUGAAUAUUGCAGUAGAAAGUCUUAAGAAGGGAGCAGACGACAAUUCUAUACUCUACCGUGGCAAUUAUGGUAUUUUUACUAAGCAUCAAUUCAAGUUUAUUAUGAAUCAGCUAUUUCUCUCUUCACAGAUUCGCCAUAAUGAUAAUAAAAUGAUCAAGUAUUGCAAAACUAUUUCUCAAAUCAUCAUUAGUUCAUUAAGUGCACAGUUUGCCUUUGAAGAUGAGGGAAUUCUAGAUUAUCUGAAAACUUUUGUAGACUCUGUUUACACCAUGAUUCAUCCUUCAAACAUUGGUCCUUGGUCAUCAAUUUUAGCCGAGGUUGUCAAGAAACUGGCGAAUAGUCUACAUCUGCGUGUCCAAGGAGAAAAGAAAGACCGAGACUUGGUCCCCUUAUACCACCCCAAUUAUACUGGGUUGCCGGAUUCAAUGAAAUUGAAUGAUUCGAUAAUUGAGUCUAUCGUCAAAAUGUUAUUACCGCUUAUCCAUUUAGGAUCACAGUCCAAGUCCUCAACGCAAAGAAGGCAAUACAACCAGGCUUUGCAAGUUUUAUGUUUUAUGAAACCUCAGUUAGUUCUUGACAAUUUGUUAUUGGACUGGUAUUCUUCAUUUGAAACGGUCAAUUCCACUCAUAGAAUCCCUAUUGUAAUCAACCAAUUGAAUCAAUUAGCAAGAAUAAUUGUUGAAAUACCGGUAUAUAGGGUCCAUAUUGCCAGAUUUUUAUCUUUACUAAUUCCGGCUAUCGAUUCGAACGAUCCUGAAAAAACAAUCAUUACAACCGAUUUUAUUACGACAGUUGCUACAAUUAUUCCAUUUGCUGAUUUAACAGAAGGAGCUGGAGAUGGUGGUGUAACCUCGAUUGAUUUUACAUCCCAACAUAUUGCGUAUUUGGAGGCCAAGUUUUACGAGUCAUCGCCGGCUAGCCGUCAAUUCGGUGAGCAGAGUAUCCCAGAUAAAUUUGAGUACGAUCCUGAUUAUGAGCUUGUAGCAUUAAAGUCGGCAACCUCCUCAUUCAAAGAAUUUAUAACUCAAUUUGCAGUUAGUUGUUUUAAGUUUUUGGAAAUGGCACCUGCUAUAGAAUCAACUCAGACAAUAGAGUCCCAAGCAUGUGCUCUAAUCUCUUAUUGUUUUGAAGCACUCGUUGACUCUACAAGUGAUGAACUUUAUAAAUGUCUUGCUGAUUCUUUCUUUGAAUAUGUGACUAAUAAUGUCAAGCACGAAGUCGCAUUAGUUUACUGCAAUAUUGCAGAAUGCAUUAUCAGACGUGAUCCGACACAUCAAUUCAAGCAGUACAUGGACUUUUUCAUGCCCCAUAUAUUUGACGAAAUUGAGCAUGGUGCAGGUGUCUCUAGGUCGCAAGAUAUUCUAAGUAAAGAUCAACGAUUAAUAUGGUAUAUGAGAAUAUUAUCAGGUGCUAUAUCAGGUGCUGGUGUUGAAAUAGUUUCAUAUUUACCACAAAUUGAGAAGUUCAUCCUCUCAAAUACAUAUAAACUGAAAGGGACUGCUGGUAUUUGCGCCGCAAUGAUUGGAAACUGUGCGUUGUCAACCAUAUCAUACCUGAGACCUUUGGAAAGACGCUUGGUUUCUCCUACAUGGCUAGAAGAACACGGUGGUAAGUACUCGGAGGAGUGUUGGGGCGGAUUUCAAUUUAGUGAAAAAAGGUUUGAGAUGAAAUACCUAGAUUACAAGUGGUACAUACCAUCCCAGAACGAAGUCGAUAUGAUCAGUCGUACUUUUGAGAAUAUAGCUUCCCCAUCCAUAAGUGCUGUCAAUAAGCUCUCUAAAAGGAUUGGGGAUAAUGACAAGUUGUCAUUAGAUGAGUUGGAUCAAUUGGGCUUUCAUGUUGAACUUCUUGAAGGGCUUCUAAAAGGUGUAUGUUGCUUAUUUGAUCAGUCCUACAAGGAACCAAUUGAAAACAAAAAUUUAGGGAAACUCAAAUCAUCAUUAGGUCCAACGCAGCUAUCCUCAUCCCCCUCUUUAGUCAACCUAGCAAAAUCAGACUCAUCUUCAUCAAUCCCCGAUGAAAUCAAAAUGCAGAAAGGCCAUUUGAGUAUUCAGCCAUCUAUUGAUAAAAUAUCUUCGACUUCAAAUAGUAGUACUGAAAGCAGUGAAAAGAAAGCUUCAGACGAUGAGGAAAUGCAAGAUAUCAAUCCUAUAAACAGAGAGAUAGAAGAAAAAAUCACGAAAGCUGAUUCCUCCUCUAAUCUAUCAAUUUUGAGCGAUGAAAUAGAAUUAGAAAUACCAACACGUGCAGCGACCCCUGGAAUAAAUGAUUCGAUUGAUGCAGUUGAUGCAUCCUUAACGAAAAGGUCAGAUAUUUUAUACACAUAUGGGCCGUAUUUUCCAAAAGAUUCCUUUUCUAAGGGAAUGGAUCCUUCAUAUCACAGGCUACACAAUACAAGAGAUGAAAUUGGCAAGUCUUUACACAACUCUAUGAGAACAUUACUUAAAAAGGAUGGAUUUAUUGAUUUGAUAAGCAAAGUUAUUCAAUGCACUAGCACUUGGCUAAACGAUUGCGGUUAUUAUAGCAGCGACAAUGAGCUUUACACUGAUAAUUUACAUUUUAUCUCAAUAUUGGAAUUCCCAGGAGUCUUUGCGCCAUACACUAGGUCCGUCCUAGGAGCGAGAUUGGCGGUAUAUCACUGCAGUAGAAUUAAUAUUUCUUGUUGUACUAGGUUACCAUCUAAACUAGACAAGGCAUUAAUAAAAGAUUUGGUGUCACUCGCUGCAUCUCCAUAUGGAAUCACCGCUGCACAUGCUACCUCUGCUUUAAGUAUUUCAUUAAACAGGGUUAUGAACUGCACAAGCUUGAUUUUUAGUAUUUUUGAUGAGUGGGAAGAGGCAAUUAUGAACAAAGAUAAGGAAGUGCUAUUAAGUAUCAUGAUAAUGUUCGACAAAAAGAAGCUACGUGGUUUGGUUGAAAAAAGUGCAACUAUGUUACCGAGAUAUGAAGAGCUGUUGUUCAGAUCCGCCGAGUUGAAUGAGGAAGAAAUUACAGUUAUGAGUAUGCGCUUAUUCAAGUCCAUCAAAAAGUACAUCAGAAUACCAGCAGAAGCGUGUAUUAUUGAGGAACAACUAAUAGAAUGCAUUCGACCACCUGACCUUGAUGUUAGUCUCAAGAUUUCCUCUUUGAAGCUAGCAAAGGCUAAAAAGAAAGCUCAGUUAAAACAGGUAUUAUCUAGAUUGGUGAAUAAAUCUAUCCAGCGCUUAAGCAAAAAACUGAGCUGGAAAUUCAUGUUACUUGUUUUGGAAUUAAUCACAAGUGUUCAAUCUCAUAUUGAGGUCCCCUUGGAAGAGAAUGUCUUAGAGGCCAUGGUUAAAUUUGUUGAUGGAUCACACCCAGAAAUUUCCAAGAAAGGAAUGUUUUGGAUUGCGUCGAUCAUGGAUACUGUGGAAUCUAGAGCCUUCAAUAACUAUGAUAUCAAGAACAUGCUAUCUACGAGACCAUUUGACCCCACAAUUGUUUCCUUGAAGUCGAUGAUUUCCGAGAGCAACGCUAUAAACUUCUUCAAAGAAAUCCAAAAUACAGAGGAUCCCAAAUUUUACAUAGAUAAUAAAUUGUGGAUUCCCAUGUCACCAUGGCAUAAGGACAUUAAUGUGGUACGAAAAUUUGAUCGCAAAGACUACAAUUUGAACAUCUCCGAUAAACUAUCAGUUCAAAAAUUUGCUGAAUGCAUUUCUAAGGAUUGGCUAUUGAUACUAUUGAAGAAUCACAUUGACGAAUCAGAAUCCACUACUGCGUUUUUCCCCGGAAUAGUCUACUUUUUCACCUCUAUUGCCACCUUAAUUAUCUUUGGUUAUGUAAAGAACCUUUCACUAUCAGAUCUUUUUGAAAUUACAGACGAAAUUUAUAAAGGUGAGGAAAGGCCAACUCAUGUUGCAGUCAGUGAGGUUUUUUGUGGAAUACUUUUUGCGUGUAAGCAUGAUAGUCAAAGUAUGAGUAUUGCUGAUAUUGAAAUUUCUAAGCGUAUUGAACGUAUCUUUGACCAGGAUUUAACACAAUCAACAUAUAAAAUGUGGUCUAUUUUUUCAUGGUGGCUAUCCAGCCAUUUUGAUGUCAGAAGGACACCUAAUAUUUUGAAUCUCAUUUGCGAUUUUGAAGUAAACAGUGACAGGAAAAAGUCACCUUUUGGAUUACUAUGUCGUAUCACCUUCUUGAGAAGCUAUUUAGGAUCUACUAUGAACAGGUUCCACAAAUUUGACGAAGUGACACAUAGGAUGUUUUCAAUUUUGGGCCAUCCGUACGAUACCAUAUCAUCUGAAGUUAGUUCUGUUUUGUUUGAUAUUUUGUUUUAUAGGUCAACUGCGACAUUCGAAACAUUUGAUGAGUAUAUGGAUGCUGUUCAUAUGGACAAAACCGGUAUGGGGCUUGUGAGAACCCAGAGAAAUGAGCUAUUCCAUUCUCAUCUUCAAAAGUAUUUCAAGACAACAUUGAUGCUAGCAGCGGAGAAUGAAGGAAAGACCCCACAAGAAGUUGUAAGCUCAGACUUUAUGUUUCAUGUGAAGGGUUUGAACAGUUUAUUGGUGAAAAUUUUAAAAACUUCGAUAAAUAUCGAGCUUGUUGACUAUAUUGUUCCUUACAUACUACCUUUGACUUUGCAACUCGACAAGGUGAAAGAUGCAUGUAACCUCGCAGACAUCAGUAUUGAUACUUUGUUUCUGAUCCUUGGAAGUAUAAGAUACAAGGAAGAGGAUCAUGAUCAGAUAAUAAAGUUGAUCGAAACAAACAUGGGAUGGAAAUCACCAAAAUUGACACAGUAUAAACAUAUUUUAGCCUUUUUUGGGGUUUAUGGCACCGUUCGUUUCCUAGAAAGAAGCGUGGACCAAAGGAAAAAGCUGAUGGAGAUCACUGUCGAUAUGCUGCUCAGCCCUCAUCUCUACCUUAGAGAACAAUACUCUCAGAACUUGAAACUUUUCAUCCACUUGUUUUUAGAUUCCGAGAGGGAACAGGUCAUCAAGCAUUAUAUCAAAAAAUUCAAAAAAAUCAUCAAGAAAAACAAACUCUCUAAGGAAAUCAAGUUAACAUAUGAACAGACCAAUCAAGUUCAUGGCGCAACUCUUGGACUAUGCGCACUAGUUGAGGCUUACCCAUAUACUACACCACCACCAAAAUGGUUACCUGAAAUUCUAAGUAUUUUAGAAGUAAAAUGCGCCAGCUAUGGCGGCAUUAUUGGUAGAACAGUGAAGAAUACCUUAGCACAAUUCAAGAAAACGAGACAGGACACUUGGCACAUUGACUCCAAAUUUUUCACAGAAGAACAGCUCGAAGAUUUAGAAGGGGUUUUGUAUAAAUCUUAUUACAUUUAA